CUUGGGGCGCGGGCGGGCGCGCUGACCGAGGCCCGGAAGCGGACGGAGGCGGCCCGGGUCGCCGCCGUCUAUCUGCCAUGAACGAGGCCGACCGGCAGCUCCUGCGGCGGAGCCGGCUGAGGCUGGUCCGCGAGCUGCAGGUGGACUCGCUCUGGGACGCUCUGCUAACCCGCGAGCUCUUCACGCCCGACAUGAUCGAGGACAUCCAGCGCUCUGGAUCUCGGCGCGAUCAGGCCAGGCAGCUGAUCAUAGAUCUAGAGACUCGAGGGAGUCAAGCCCUGCUUUUGUUCAUCUCCUGCUUAGAGGACACAGGCCAGGACACACUGGCUUCGUUCCUGAGAACGAGUAGCCAAGCCGCCAAGCAGAAUCCGGAGGCCAUCAGACCCUCGGACCUCCCGCCUGUGGUGCUCGGACCAGUGGGCCUCAAACCAGAGGAGCUGAGAGCAGUGAAGCAGGACCCAUCAAAGCUGACUCCAGGAAAACUCACUCCAGUGGUGCUGGGGCCCGAGGAGCUCUGGCUGGCCAAGCUCAGGCCAGAGGUUCUCAGACCAGAGGUGCCCAGGCCAGUGGACAUUGGUUCUGGAGGAUUCAGUGAUGUCCGUGCUCAGGACAGAUUGAGGGGAAACGCCGAUUUGGCGUACGUCCUGAACGCGGACCCCUGUGGCCACUGCCUCAUCAUCAACAACGUGAACUUCUACCUGGCGUCGGGGCUCGGCAGGCGCGUCGGCUCCGACAUUGAUUGCGAGAAGCUGCGGCAGCGCUUCAGCCUGCUGCAUUUCGUGGUGGAGGUGAAGGGCGACCUGACCGCCAAGCAAAUGCUCCGGGCCUUGGGGGAGCUGGCACGGCGCGACCAUGGUGCUCUAGACUGCUGCGUGGUGGUCAUCCUCUCUCACGGCUGUCAGGCCAGCCACCUCCAGUUCCCGGGGGCUGUUUAUGGCACAGACGGAUGUCCUGUGUCCAUCGAGAGCAUCGUGAACAUCUUCAAUGGAGCUGGCUGCCCCAGCUUGGGAGGGAAGCCCAAGCUCUUUUUCAUCCAGGCCUGCGGUGGGGAGCAGAAAGACCCUGGGUGUAAGGUGGACUCCACUUCCCCUGAAGACAGGACCCCUGGCAGUGACUCUGAGCCAGACGCUGUCCCGUUCCAGGAAGGCCCAGGCACCUUCGACCAGCCGGAUGCUGUGUCUAGUUUGCCCACACCCAGUGAUAUCUUUGUGUCCUACUCCACCUUCCCAGGCUUUGUCUCCUGGCGGGAUCCCAAGAGCGGCUCCUGGUACGUCGAGACCCUGGAUGGUGUGUUUGAGCAGUGGGCUCACUCUGAAGACCUGCAGACCCUCCUGCUCAGGGUAGCUCACGCUGUUUCGGAGAAAGGAGUUUACAAACAGAUUCCUGGUUGUGUUAAUUUCCUCCGGAAAAAAUUUUUCUUUAAAACUUACUGAGGCCAGAGCCCCUCACCCUGCCUUCUCUUUACCCCCAAACCUUCCUGCUCCAGGCCCGGCGGCGGCUGAGGCCUGGGCCUUCCUCCAACCACAGCUGCCACGUUUGGCGGCCUGUAGAGAGUCUUGUUUCCCCACUGGCGGCAGACAGGCUCUUACGAGCUUCCCAAUUGGAGACACAUGAUCGGCGCUGGAGGAAGAGGAAGCAGAAGCACGCCAGGGUCAUCAUGCCGCUCUCCACCAGCGCCUGGUUCUUGGCUAAUAACCGUGGUCUGUGACCCCUGUUUUCUCUGGGGCAGGGCUUCUAAGCCUCGGCAUAGUGACAUUUGGGGCCAGGUCAUUCUUUGUUGUGGGGCCUUCCUGUGGAUUGUAGGAUGUUUGGCUACUGGCCUCUAUCCACUAGAGGCCAGUAGCAACACCCUUGAGUAGUGACAGCCAAAAAUGUCCUCACACAUUGCCGAAUGUCCCUUGGUGGGCCACUUGAGAACCGCUGAUCUGUAGGAACUUUUGGCUGCAAACCAGCCAGCAUCUCCCUUGGAUCAGCAAGUUUGGGGCAACUAGAGUCUGAACAGCUGGAAUCUGAAUCCUAAAUGAAGUUUUAAAAAUUAUUAAUUUUUCCUGUAUUGCAAUAUUCUUAAAAAAAUAAAUCUUAGGUGAAUAUGGA